AUGGCAUACAAGUUCCUGUGCACCUGCGAAUCUGCUUUCCCUUUGCCGCCCCAACCCCACCGUGCAUGUCUCUGUGCGCUUCUGCUCAUGCUGAUUGAUGAUGGCCUACGGAACGGACAUGUUGUGGCAAUUGCACGUCUCCAGGCCGUGGGUGCACGGUACGGUAACUACAGUAGGUUAUUUGCUGCUGCUGGAGCUGGUGUGUUGCACAAAGUACCGGUACUUGGGAGGAACCUUCUCAAAUCUGCUCAAGGCCAAGCCAGGGGUGCUCCGCAAUCAGGUCUUCAAGGCUCCAAGCACGAAUAG